AUGGAAGUGGUUUUGAAAGAUGUCUUGGAAAAUUUUCCAGAUAGUAUACUGUUGAAGGAGUGGUUCGAAAAAAAUCAUAAAUUAUUCAUUGAAGUUAAGAAUGAAGGAAAUGAAGGAAUGAAUGACAAAGAACAUACUUUUGAUGCUAAUGUAAACAAAGGAGCCGAAGAUAUUGAUAAUGAAGGAGGAAUUUCUUUGAUUAGAGCUUUGGUAGUUUAUGGUGAUAAAAAGGAUGAUGGUGGAAGUUUUAAUAUUCCUAUUAUAGAACAUAUUGAUAACACGGACCAUCUAAAUUGUUCACAAUUUUUGGAGCAUCAUGAGGUGUUGGCAAAAGCCAUAGAAAUGACAGAUGAGGCUGUGCUGAAAAGUUAUAGUCAGGAAAAGAAAUAUUAG